GUCGACAUAUCUUCGACGUUUUUUGUCGUGAGCUGUGAUGACGCUUUUAAUCCGCAAUGUUAUAAAAAUCUUCGGCGUAUUUCACGUUUCAUCCAGCGCGGUGCGCUUUGUGGACUCUCCCUGACGCCGUUGUCGCGGAAGUAAAAAGUCUACGUGGGGAAGAAAGGUUGGACUGGCCGUGUUUGAAUACCUUAAACACGAACAGCACCCAUGUCCAAUCCAGCUCCACUCUGUCCCUGGCCGAACCAGUCACCCUCCUGCCCUGGGAGGCAAAUGAAGGCGUUGAGCGGCAUCCGGGGCCUAUAAAUGCUGUGGAGAGCUGACCUGAGGCGGUAAUGCUGCGCCGGGUGCGGCAGUCUCUCCGGCAGGUGCUGUUACUGAUGGCCCGGAGACCAGACGUUCUCUGCGGGGCCAUCGCGCUCAGCGUCCUGCUCGUACUGGCGGUUCGGUUCACAUGCAGCCGUGCUAAGGAUGUGGUGGCGGCGGCGCGGCCUCCGAUCCGGUUCUUCUCUGCCGAUGCCCCGGUAGUGGACCUCUACUUGGGUCAGCUGGACCAGGUGGAACGUCUCAGGAACAUGGCCGAGGUGUCUUUCAUUUUCUUCUAUGCUCCCUGGUGUGCUCACUCCAUGGCUGCUCGACAGGAAGUGACGCAGGUUGCUAAGAAGCUGGCCAAACAGGUGCAGUUUGUGGCUGUUAACUGCUGGUGGAAUCAGGGGAAAUGCAGGAGGCAGAAACGUUUCUAUCACUACCCCAUCAUCCAUCUGUUCUACAGAAGGUUUGGGCCAAUCGAGUACAGAGGACCGUUUGUGGCUCCAUAUAUUGAAAGUUUUACCCUCAGAGUCAUCACACCACUGACUUACCUCCCGACCAGAGCGCAUCUCGAAAACUUUCUGACCCAGCACGAGUCCGGUGUGGUGGGUUUCUUCCAGUUCAAUUCCUCUCCACAGCCUCCAGGGUACAUCACCUACCUGUCCUCUGCCCUGCAGACCCUAAGGAGAGAUUUCCACGGCGUUGUGCGGUUCGGAGUUGUGACGAGCAAACACGUGGCAGAGGCCGUUUCACUCACAAAGGAUGAAACGGUUUACCUGCACAGAAGAUUCAACUCUUCUUUGAUUUUUCCAAGAAAGAAGCUAAACUUUACAUCGGAGGUGGUCUGCAAGUGGGUGUUUGAGCACUAUGAGACGGUCGUCCAGUGGCUGGUGCCUCCGGGAACGAAGUCCCGCCUGCUGGAGGAUGAGUUGACGAAAGGCCCUGCACUACUUCUGUUUAUGCCACACGACCCCCUGCAGUCUGAGCCAAGUGCCAUACUACAGCAGUUUGCAGACAUUGCUGUACGUUAUCACUCCUGCGAGAAGUCUAGCGCAGACGACCGUCUCCCCUUCUACACCUCGCUGUGUUGUCUAUCCGUUCCCAUUCUGGAGUCCAGAACCAGCGCGUGCGAGGUCUGCCUCAGGCUGUCCGGGCCGAGCCUCCCCGUCUCCUCGGCUCGCUGCUUGUUCCCCUCCGCUUCGCGAGAAGGAGACCGAUUCAGGGCUUAUCUGAACCGCUGCUGCCUUCACCAGCCACCCUCUCCCAUAUUCAUGAAAAGCGCGACCUCAGAAGGCUGCAGCCACUACGUGAGCAGCUACAGUCCCUUUACUCAGUUCAGUGCCUGCUGUAAAAAAGUAGAACCUCAGCUUAAUGAAUCACAAGCCAAAGAAGAGCCCGGAGUUCCUCCUCCUCCAGCCGUCCCUCCAUCCUCUGCUCCCGUCCAGGAGGAGGAGGAGAACGACGGCAUCACAGGGCUGCAUUGUCGGACUAACAGGACUCUCAGGUUUUACGUACUGGACAUUGGCCUCAACUGGCCUCUGGCAGAGCGGCUCGGAGCGUCGAGUCAAAAAAACUCUUCUGUUCAUAAAGGGGCUUUCACAGAAGGCGAUGGUGACCGGGACUGGACGUUUGUAGCCAUCAUCAACCUGAAAUACGAGGUUCAUUACGUUCUUCAGCACAACCCAGGCGCCACGCUGACAGAGUCUUUAGAGACAUUCAUCAGGAACUUCAGCUCACCACACAGCCAUCUGCAGAGACAUUUGGUUGGAGAGGACGACAGGAAGGAGGGUGGAGGUGGAGGUGGAGGUGGAGGUGGAGGUGGAGCUCAUCCUCCGGAGGAACAGCAGCACAAGCAGCACCGCCUCAUCACUGAGUUGACCACUUCCUCCUUCGUGUCUUCCAUCAUGGACCAUCAAAAGGAUGUGCUGCUGUUCUAUUACACUCAGUGGUGCGGCUUCUGCUCCGUUCUGAACCACGUCCUCAUCCAGCUGGCCCGACUGCUGCAGGGGAACCACACCAUCACCGUGGCCAGGGUGAAUGUGGCUCGUAACGACCUUCCCUGGGAGUUCAUGGUGGAUCACGUCCCUUCCAUCCUGCUGUUCCCCAGACACAGGAAGCACCUCAGUGUGAAAUAUCCCACUGACCUUCCCAUCACCUUGCCAAACCUCCUCCGCUUCAUCCUGCAGCACUCUGACUCUCUGCUUCAGGCCGACGGGUCGUCCGCCACGGCACCGGGAUCCGGCUCUGGCGGCGUCCUCCACGCGGAGUUCCUGGCCCUCCAGCACGAAGUCCAGACCCUGCACCUUGCCCGCCAGCGGCUCUCGCAGCAGCUGACGCAGCUGUGGCGCGAGAACCGCCAGCUGAAGUUCGACAUCCGCGGCAUCGAGCAGAGCCUGGAGAAGCAGAUGCAGGAGAAGAGCCGGCGGCUGGCCGAGGCGCUGAAGCGUCUGCAGGAGCUGACGGACGCCUCGGAGACCCUGCUGAACGAGAACGUGCUGCUCAAAAUCCUGCUGAAGGCGCUGAGGGACCGGACGGAGGCCGACGAGCAGGACGAGGCAGACCGGGAGGAGGCGGGACAGGAAGACGGCCGCCGAGCUUCCUGAUGACAGGGCGGAUGUGAAGGACGGACUGAAGGAGUAAAAGCUGUGAUUAGACUUUUAAAAAGUGCAGAAAGAAGAGGAACGUAUGCCUCUGCAAACAGGGUGUCAUGUUUGACCUAAACUUAAAAAAGGUUGUUGGUUUGUUGUUAACUGAGAUUAACCUGGAUUCUUUAAAAAAGAAAAGAGAAAAAGAUGGAAAGGUGAUGCGAGGAGCGGGUCGAGUCUUACAAAGUGCUUUGAAUACAGCCACUCAUGGAAAUGCACAGGUUCAUUUCUGAUGAAUUGUUUUCAGCCAAAUCCGUCAUUUUUGAUCCUGUACAAUUUAAAGUGGUAGCAGGUAACUUUUCUUUUUUUUUUUAAAAAAGUUUUGUUUGCAGAUUUGUUAAAACUUUCACCAUGUCAUGAAUUUAGUUUGAGACAGAAAAUCUGAAAAAAUUGAGCUAGUCUGGUGUCCCCAAUACUAACUGUAAAAAUACGUCACUCAGUCAAGAACAAUCAAUCAGAGCUUGGAAGAGGGUCUUGGCGCUGUCAAUCAUGCUCAUAUAGGGUCGUGAUGACAGCAGAGCCAGUUGUGAAUGCAAAGGCUUGUUAGCGUCGCCACUGACGACAAGAUAAAGGAUAAAGGGUGUAUUUUUCCCAGCUGUUUAGCAGCAUGUACACAGGAUGGAUUGACAGCGCUAACACCUGGCUCUGAUUGGUUGUUUUUUGAACGGAGAACGGCGCAUUAUAUUUUCACACAGCAAUAACAGAUUAUCUGUAUUUUAUAUAAACACUAGUAACCAGGAAUAAUUACAUGUAUGGAAACGGACGUCAAAAGGUUUGGCUGACAUGGGAAAGAAUCCUUGUGGUCAACUUGUUGGCGCUGAUGAAACCAGUCCAACUGGGAUGAAUUCCAGUUGCUUCCUUUCACAAUAAAAGUCAUGUCAUAAAACAAAGACUGUUAACUUUUAUUAGAGGGAUUGGAGGAGCUGUCGUGAUUCAGUCGGAUGGAGGAAUGAUCUGUGAGAUUAAAAAAAAAGGGGCCUUUUGUUUUCCGCCUCCUCUGUGUGAACUCACCUGCUGUCCAGGUGUCAAAUGUAAAACCAUCUUUUACUUCAGUUUGUGUUAAAGUGUGAACUUUUUAACUUUUUCAUGAGGAAUUGCAACCUAAAUAUGAUAGUAAUAUAAAAAAAAAUAUUUUUCUACAAACUUUACAUCUUUUUUUUUUUUUGCAUUAGUUCAAUGCUUCCAUGUUUCUUACACAAUCAAGUGGGUGUUUUCUUAAUGGUUAGUACAAAUCCACACGUUUUAAGCAAAGCGUUGCUGUAUUCACCAGAGGAGAGAAAUUCCUUGUCUCAUCCUACCUAAUAUUGUUUGUUGUUUUUGAAUAAUUUAAUUUGAAGGGUGGUUGUAAUGAUGGGUUUUGCUACACUGAUUUAUUUUUACAGAAAUCUUUGACUCACUAAGACAUUUCUAUGUAACUAUUCAGGUAUUCAGAAUGAGAUGCUGCAGUUGUUUACAUGUGAAAUAUUGCACCGGUUUUUACUGAUUAAACGUCUCGGUUUUCUUG